CCUAAUUAUUUAUUGAUAUCUGUCUGGUCUUCAUCUCGAAAAGAAGGGAACAACAAAACCCCAAUUUCAGAACGAAUAAACCCUAGUUUACUGGAAAUUCCAAGCUGAAGAAGAAAGAGAAAUGAUGCCGUCAAGUCUACCGGAAGAGAUCUAUCUCGACAUUCUGUUGAGGAUACCGGUGAAAUCAACUUUUGCUUGUAGGUGUGUUUGUAAGUCUUGGCUUCAACUCAUUUCUGAUCCUGAUUUUGCUAAAGAAACACCUUAAGCUUUCGGUACAAAGAAACAAACCUAAUCUCAUGCUAAUAGCGCAAGAUUAUCAGAUUCAGAAUGAUAACAAUACCGUAUUCCGUUCCGUAAGUGAUAUUUCAUUAUUGUAUGCUAGGAAUUUCUAUAAUUCGGUAAAAAUGGAUUAUCCAUUUAAUUCCAUAGAGUGUUAUUUAUCGGUUGAAAUAGUGGGUUCUUGUGAUGGUUUUCUCUGCCUAUUGUUCAGAUUGGGUCAUGAUGCGAGAAGGACUAUCUUAUGUCUUUGGAAUCCAGCUACCAAAGAGUAUAAACAAAUACCCAAAUCACCAUAUGAUGAUGAUAAUGAUAAGAGUGUAACUAAAAUCAGCAUGGUUGCAUUUAGGUAUGAUGCUAAGAGUGACGAUUACAAGUUAUUGACUCGUUAUCGUAAGAUAGUCCAAGUCUAUUCGUUGCGACUAAAUUCGUGGAGAACAAUAGGAGAUGUGAACUUUUAUACUACUCUAAAACUUGGGGUGUUUGUUAAUGGAGAGCUUCAUUGGUUGGCUAAAGUGCUGCGAGGCUCUUCAGAAAUUGUAGUCUCUUUAGAUAUAAGUGAGGAGACGUUCAAAGAAAUACAACUACCCACAGAACCUUUGGUGAAUAAGCACAAGUUUACAACACUAGGGGUGUAGGAAGGGUGCCUAUGCAUCCUUGUUCGUAUUACUUAUGUUCGUGCUGAAUUAUGGGUGAUGGAGAAUCAUGGAGUUCAAGAUUCUUGGACUGAACGCUAUGUUAUUAACAAUGGGUUGAUUGCGGAUUUUUCAGUGAGGCUUGUGUGGUGUUUUAAGAGUGGGGAGAUUCUAUUCUGCGAUGAUUGGUCUGGUGCUCUAGUUUUAUAUGACCCUAAAGAUGGAAGUGUUAGAAAACGACACACUCGGAAGUUAGACUUCAGCUCCAGCGAAGCGUUUUAUUUCGAAAGCUUAGUUCACCUGAACUCAAAUACUUAUGCAGGAAGAAGGAGAAGAGGAAUCAGUAGAAACAUGAACAAUAAUAGAACAAGACUACCACCAAGGAUUCCUCUAGCACCAAGGCCACCAUUUAGGGUCGGUGGUGGAUCUACUUCUUCAAAGGCAGCACCCUGUAAGUCUAGUGGUACGCGUCCGAGUCAGAAAUAAUUAGGUUAAAUCUAGAUGCAACUAUCAUUUUGGGAUAAUAUGCGAUUUUAUGCAUCUAUAACAAUACAUCAUCCUGGAUAGAAUUUGUGUAACUUUUUGGUUAUUGAUUAUGCACUUUUUCUUAAGUCAUCCAAUCAUUUGAAGUUCUCUAACAAUAGUAAUUUUAAUGCUUGCAAUAGCAAUCUCUCCAUGUAUAGUCAUUAUGUACACUCUUACAAAUCUCACAGAGUUGCAUUGAAUCUCUGAUCUUUAA